AUCCCGUCAAAGCAAAGAAAAACAGCAAGAGAAAUGUGUCGGCAGACACAUUCUCCUUCUCUCUCUUGAUCUUGAUAGAGAGAGAAAGAAACGGAGAGGAAAAUUCAUAACCCGAUAAUCGAAGAGAAUACGAAGACAAAUGGGUGUAGCUGUUGCAGGCAUGGAUUCUCUGAGAGAUAGAGCGGCCAUGAUGAGAGAGUCACUGCAAAAGAGCCAGACAAUCACGGACAAAGUUGUCUCCAUUCUUGGAUCCUUUGAUCACCGCCUUUCUGCCCUUGAAACCGCCAUGCGCCCCACGCAGGUUAGAACACAUGCUAUAAGGAAAGCUCAUGAAAAUAUAGACAAGACUUUGAAAGCUGCCGAGGUUAUAUUGGUGCAAUUCGAUCUCUCUCGUCAGGCAGAGGCUAAAAUACUGAAAGGGCCGCAUGAAGACUUGGAAAGUUAUCUGGAAGCAAUUGAUCAACUUAGAAGCAAUAUUCGUUUCUUCAGCAGCAACAAAGGCUUUAAGAGUAGUGAUGGGGUGCUCAACCAUGCAAAUAAUCUACUUGCUAAAGCUAUUUCAAAGCUAGAAGAUGAGUUCAGGCAACUGUUAUCAUCCUACAGUAAACCUGUGGAGCCUGAACGUCUUUUUGAAUGCCUCCCAAACUCAUUGCGGCCAUCCUCAGGAUCACCUGGACACCAGGGUAUUUCUGGUGGCAAGCAUGCAUCUCCUACCAACCAUGCUGAGAAUCAAAGCAGUAACCUAGAAACUGCUGUUUUUACACCUCCCACCCUUAUACCUCCACGAAUUCUUCCUUUAUUGCAUGAUUUGGCCAAGCAAAUGGUUCAGGCAGGUCACCAGCAGCAGCUGCUUAAUAUUUACAGGGAUACUCGUUAUGUAGUUUUGGAAGAAAGCCUACUCAAGUUAGGAGUUGAAAAAUUGAGCAAGGAAGAUGUUCAGAAGAUGCAGUGGGAGGUUUUGGAGGCCAAAAUUGGGAACUGGAUUCAUUUCAUGCGCAUUGCUGUCAAGUUGCUGUUUGCUGGAGAAUGGAAGGUUUGUGAACAGAUGUUUGAAGGGUUUGAUUCCUUGAGGGAUCAAUGUUUUGCCGAGGUCACUGCAAGUAGUGUUUUAGUGCUGCUGAGUUUUGGAGAUGCAAUUUCCAGAAGCAAGAGAUCACCUGAAAAGCUUUUUGUUCUUCUUGACAUGUAUGAGAUAAUGCGGGAGCUUCACCCUGAGAUUAUAGCAAUUUUUAAAGGUAGAGCCUGCACUGAGAUUAGAGAAUCGGCACUGGGUCUGACAAAACGGCUUGCGCAGACGGCACAAGAAACCUUUGGUGAUUUUGAAGAGGCAGUUGAAAAAGAUGCAACCAAGACUGCUGUAACUGAUGGAACUGUCCAUCCUCUUACAAGCUAUGUGAUCAACUACGUGAAGUUUCUGUUUGACUAUCAAUCAACCUUGAAGCAGCUUUUCGAAGAGUUUGAUACUGGAAAUGAAACCGUUUCAAAGUUAGCUUCUGUAACAAUGCAAAUAAUGCAGGCCCUACAAACUAAUUUGGAUGGUAAAUCAAAGCAGUAUAAGGAUCCUGCUUUGACUCACCUGUUUCUCAUGAACAAUAUUCACUACAUGGUCAGAUCUGUCCGCAGGUCUGAGGCCAAGGAUUUGUUAGGAGAUGAUUGGGUGCAAAGACAUAGGAGAAUUGUUCAGCAGCAUGCGAAUCAGUACAAAAGGAUUGCUUGGGCAAAGAUUCUUCAAUGUCUCUCAGUUCAAGGACUAACCUCAUCAGGGGGAGGUAGUUCAGUUGGCGGUGAUGGAGGAAGUAGUAGUAGUAGUAGUAGUGGAGUUUCAAGGGCAUUGGUAAAAGAAAGGUUUAAGACUUUCGGUAUGCAAUUUGAGGAGCUUCAUCAAAGACAAUCGCAAUGGACUGUUCCUGACACUGAGUUACGGGAAUCUCUAAGGCUUACAGUCGCCGAAGUUUUGUUGCCCGCCUAUAGAUCUUUCGUGAAACGUUUUGGGCCUCUAGUCGAAAAUGGGAAAAACUCCUCUAGGUACAUUAGGUUCACAGCAGAGGAUCUGGAACGGAUGUUGGGAGAAUUUUUUGAGGGGAAGACCUCGAAUGAAUCGAGGCGAUAAUUUUGACCUCUCUCUCUUUUCCCAUCUACUUCCACUCUCAUGGAAAGUAAGUAAUGUGGGAUAACAUGUUGAACUCGUUGGGCACCGGCAAACCUAUUCCAUGCUCUCUCUGUGGAGCUUAGCGAUUGAAUCCCUGUUAGGUAUUUUUUUCCUGGUCUAUUGGUUGCAUUUUCAUUGGAGGUGUGAUGUUCUGAGGUGGGCUCUUGUCUACUAGAUUGCUGAAUACCUCGCAUGGUAUGCGGCGAUUGUAUAGAAAGGAAAUGGAAAAUGUAUGUGUUUGCUAUGUAGUAUACUACAUGCAUGAUAUGUGACAAUUAGUCCCUGACAUUAUUUCAUUUGUAGCACAAAAAUAAUCCCCCCUCUAUUUUUUGCAUGAGAUAUAUUAUAUAGUCCUAGCUCCCAUUUUUUUU